AUAAAAAUGAAGUAUUCGAAUUAAAGCGACAGUUUCACUCUCAGUGCACUAUACACGCGAUAUAUUAAGUGAUCAGUUUCAGGUCUGCCAAAUAUCAGUAAUUAUUAAUGUGAUAAAGACAUUCAAUCAAAAGAAUGUACAUUUCUUUGAUUGAUGAUUGUCGAUGAGAUUAAUGGGAAGAUUAAUGAGAGGAAUUUGAUAAAAUUACACAAGAUUUAUUUAAGAAACCUAUAAAAGCGAUAGGGUCAUAGGAAUUUAAUAUAGUCUCGUUGCAAACACCAUGAAGUUCGUUUACGUUAUUGUGAUAUUUACCUCUUUGGUUUCGGCCGAGUUAGAAGUUUCGAAUAUUAAUAACGAAAAUUCGUCUGCUAAUAUAAAUAAUGUUGUGGAUCGCUUUGUUCCCCAAAUUUCGCAAUUUAUUAUAAAAAAUGGCUUAGAUCCGCUCAAUCUUCCAACAACCAACAAAAAAUUAUGGCAAGAUGAUCUAAACAGCCAAAAAAUCACACCAAUGAUGUACAAAGCCGAUCUUGUUUUGCACUCGGGAAUAUUAAAAUAUUUGUCCAAUUUAAAGCGUCAUGACAACGCUUUCUUAAAUUACGACGACAAUGUAUUAAAGCUGGAUGUUGGGUUCGAAUUCCAACUUUUAGAGGGAACGUACGAUUAUACUGUAAAAUUGGUCUUUUUUAAUUUGUACGGCCGCAUUUUCUCUACAGCGGCAGAUGUACGCGCUAAAAUAGCCAUUGGAUUCGACAUAAAAAAUACCGCUUUAUCUCUCGACGAGUUUAAUUUACAAAUUCAAGGUGACGUCAAAAUCGUCAUCGAAGGUGGACUGGAAUGGUUGAACAGUAUCAUUGCUAAAUUCAUAACUCUAUUCUUUAGGAAUACAAUUACGGAUGCCGUUCAGGAGGAAGCGGCAAAUGCAAUUCGAACUUACUUAGAUGAAAUAAAUCAUGUAAUCGCUGCAAACCAAAUACAAGAUCCCGGAAUUACCAAAAAUCUAAUUAGCGCGAUCCAAACUCGAAUGUUGAUUUUAUAAUGCGAUGUUUUAAAAAUAUAAUUUUAUAUUUUACGUUUUUAUAAAUAUAUUAUAUAUUUUUUAAA